CUCCAUCAGCUAGAACAGAUUAAAAGCAAACAAUUCCAGGUGAAUGACUCAAAGAAUUCCAGCCUUAAUUUUGAGCACCUUGCAGGGGCAUUAUGUCAAGGCUGGUAUCUUCCAGUAUGCAAGGAUAUAUUGUCAGAACCAAGUGCGGUCGCAAUGGAUGGGGGACGGCUUUGGGUAUAUUGAAGUAAACGGCCCAAAGCAGGAUGUUCGGCCUUUUGACUUGGAGGACUUUAAUGAUGCCGAAGCUGGAGGCGAGCCCGAGCUUUCAGAGAUCGUUCCCAGGUGGGCGAUUUUCUCCGAAACUCUGCGCCAUUCGGAUAGACGAGCGCAGGAGAUGCAGAAGCGCAGGGAACCGGCUGAGGGAAGUUUGCCAAAAGGGACUGCUAGAGCGAAUGUGUGCUUCGGGAAAUGCCUACAGCUUCCACGCACUGUAGUGGAUCAGCUCCAUAAGUCCCACCUGGCACAGCAAGAUGAACUUGACGGGUUGAAGCUUUUGCAUCAGAAGAGGGUUGAAAACUUGCAGAGACAAGAAUACCUGAAAGAGAAGCUGCCUCAAGCCAAGGCUCGUGCCGAGGAAUUGUCCAAGUUGUUGUCAGAGCUGGUCUCAAAGCCACGCGAAGCAAGCCAAGCCAGCCAAUCCAAAAAGCUGCAGAGAGAUGCAGCUGUUUCUCAGGACUUGGCUUCAAAGUGCCGCACUGCAAAAGCACGGAAUCGGCUUCUUCUGCGACUUUCGAAGCAAUUGGGCACUGAUGCAUUUGCGGCUGGCGCUGGCCGUGUGGUAGCAGUUGCCUUUCAGAUGACUCGAGUGGCUCAAGCCGAGGUGAACAGUUUUACCCUCAGCGGGAUCCGAGAAAGAGUCCAAAAAGAACUUCCAGGCCUUGAGUGUUGCGUGUCCUGGGAUGAUCAGAGCCAGCUGGCUCUUUACUUUUGCAAUUUGGGAGCUCCCUCAGAGGAUGCACAUGCUAGCGAAAGUUGCCUGCAAUCUGACAAACUGGACUUGAUAGUGGAGCAAGCUGUGCAAUCAUCCACUAGCGAGGCCCUGAAGCUUGAAGCUUCUGCCAAGAGGCUGGCACGACUGAGUGGUGCUGAGAUACAAGCUCCUAUUGGUGGGCUUGGGCUUGAGACUUUGGGAUUCAAAUCGCAUGGGAUGAGCGGAAGUGUCUUGACCGUUGAUUGGGUACAUCCAGAGAAAUGGGCGGAUGCUUUUUCCUUGCGCAUGGAUGAUGUUGUCCUCUUUGUGAAUGGCAUCCCGACCUCUGAAAUGUCCACUACUGACCUUCUCAACAUAAACCAUGCUGAUGGAUUGAAACUGUUUGUGGCGCGAGGUGGGUUUGAUGAUGCAUCACGAACUGCGGUGUUGUGACAUCACUCAUCCACCUCUCGUAUGCUUGACAAAAGAUACUCGUAUAAUUUAUAUCGUACAAUCCCGUAUGCUUAUGGGCCGCAGUGACGUUUCCUACUCACUGCAUCUCACUGUGAGUUUGGACCGUUACUAGGAGCCCUUUGGGCCCAAUGUGGUGCCAUGCGCCAUGUCCAAGUGGGCCAUCUUGGUCGUUCGGUGCAGCAAUUGAGCUGAACCACGGGGCCUUGCAAAAGCGAAGUAUGCGAAGUGUGUUGAGUUCUAGGAGCAGCUGCA